GCGCGGCUGCGCCUUCAGAACUGCAGUUGUUUGGGGAGACUGCGGCCCGGGGAUGGAGCUGCCGGAUCAAGUACGUCAGCGGCUGGGAAACUUCAGCCGAACUGUGUUCCGCGACUCCAGCCGGACCGGGCCGGAGUACAGUGAGGGUUCGGAUAAUGAAAUGAGCUCCAAUUUGGCCCUACAGAUGUCACUUUAUUUUAACACUUACUUUUUCCCACUUUGGUGGGUGGCCGCCAUUAUGAUGCUUCAUAUGAAGUAUUCAUUCUUGCCUGAUUACUACAAAUUCAUUGUGAUCACUAUUAUCGUCCUCGUAACCCUAAUUGAAGCUAUCCGGUUGUACCUGGGCUACAUGGGUAACCUGCAGGAGAAGGUACCUGAACUGGCAGGCUUUUGGCUCUUGAGCCUUCUGCUGCAGUUGCCUUUAAUUCUUUUCUUGCUGUUGAAUGAAAGCCUAACGAACCUGCCCUUGGAAAAAGCAAUGCAUAUCAUCUUCACUAUCUUCCUUACUUUCCAAGUUAUUUCAGCGUUUUAUACCUUGAAGAAAAUGGUCAAUCAGUUGGCAGCUCGUUUCCACCUCCAAGACUUUGACCAGCUCUCUGCAAACAGAGGAGAUGCGAGAAGAAUGAGGUCAUAUAUAGAAGAGAUUUAAUCCAGCGCUGUUGAGAGAAAAUCUCAAAGAUUUUAGAAGACUGUAAAAGUUGGGAAACAUCGGAGAUCUAGCAUGAGAAAAAGGAUAAAGCUAGUGUUUUGAACUGUAUUCCCUGUAGCUCUGAAAUUCCCAGAUGAGGGCAAUGCUAAAGCUUCCUGUACUACAUAAAAGCAGUAUACUAACCCUAAAACCUACGUGAUGUCCACCUGAAGCUAAAUUUGUUUUGUAUGUAGAGUUUUCCAGGUAUGUAGAUAUCUGUUAGUUGUGUUUUUACCAGUUUUACUGUAAUAUUUCUAGUUAAAAACUAUAACUAGAAAUGUAUGUCCUUUUGAAUUUGUUAUUCUGGCUGUAUAUCUGACCAGGCUUCUUUGAGUACAUAGAAAUGUUAGUCAGGGAGACUUCAGCGCAGUCAUAGAGCAUGCACAAGGCCCUGAAUUCAAUCCUCAGUGCUGCUAAAAAAAAAAA